AUGUCUCUCCUCCGGGGUGUCCUCUCUCAGGUCCUCUGCUGGACGGGCCUCUGUCAUGUCCUGUUUGUGGCUGGUGCAGGACUGGGAGUUGUGGUUGCAAUGUGGAUGGUGAGACUGUUGGUAGGACACAUCUGGUAUACACACAGACUGUCCUGCUUCAGCAAGCCACACACAAAGUCCUGGCUUUUGGGACACCUGGGCCAGAUGCAGAGCACAGAGGAAGGUCUCCUGCAGGCGGAUGUUUUGGUGCAGACGUACAAACACUCCUGCAGCUGGUUCAUAGGUCCUUUCUAUCACCUGGUCCGACUCUUCCACCCCGACUACAUCAAACCUCUGCUAAUGGCACCUGCCAGCAUAACGGUCAAAGAUGAGCUCAUCUAUGGACAUCUGCGUCCAUGGCUUGGACAGAGCCUGUUGCUAAGCAACAGGGAGGCGUGGUCCCGCAAGAGACGGCUUCUGACUCCUGCUUUUCAUUUUGAUAUUCUGAAGAGCUACGUCGUCAAGUUUAACACCUCAGCAAACACCAUGCACGAUAAGUGGCGCCAGCUGGUAGCAAAAGGCACGCCUAAUGUAGAGAUGUUUGACCACGUCACUCUGAUGACGCUGGACAGUUUACUGAAAUGUGCAUUUAGCUACAACAGCAACUGUCAGAGGUCAACCAGUGAGUAUGUGUCAGCGAUAGUGGAGCUGAGCGACUUGAUAAUAGAUCGUCGACAAAACAUUUUGCACCACUGGGACUGGAUUUACUGGAAAACACAGCAAGGAAAACGAUUCAAAAAGGCCUUAAGCAUUGUGCACAGGUUUACCAGGGAGGUGGUCCAGGAGCGGCGGGCCCUGAUCAACCAACAGAGGAAGGACGAUUUCACCACAGCACCACAGAGGAAGAAAGAUUUCGUGGACAUCAUUCUGCUGUCAAAGGAUGAGGAUGGACGAGGCCUAACAGAUGAGGAGAUACAGGCUGAGGCCAACACCUUCAUGUUUGCAGGUCAUGAUACAACAGCCAGUGCGAUUUGCUGGACACUGUAUAAUUUGGCACGCCACGACCACUAUCAGGAGAAAUGCAGGCAGGAAGUGAAGGACCUGAUGAAAGGACGAGAUGGACGUGACAUAGAGUGGGAGGAUUUGUCAAACCUUCCCUUCACCACCAUGUGCAUCAAAGAGUCUCUCAGGCUGCACUCUCCUGUGCAGGCUGUAACUAGAAAGUACACCCAGGACAUGGCGCUGCCAGGGGGUCGGACAGUACCGAAGGGUGCCAUCACUUUGAUCAGUAUUUAUGGGACACACCACAACCCCGCAGUUUGGACAGAUCCUCAUGAGUACCAACCUCAGCGUUUUGACCCUGCAAACGCUCAGGAACACAGCUCUCAUGCCUUCAUCCCUUUCUCCUCAGGCCCCAGGAACUGUAUUGGUCAGAAAUUCGCCCUCGCAGAGCUUCGAGUCGUCGUGGCGUUGACACUGCUCAGGUUUCGUCUGACCCCGGGGGUGAACCCUGAACUCGGGACCAACUCCGGGGGAGUUCGGCGUCUCCCCCAGCUCGUCCUGCGUGCAGAGGGCGGUCUGUGGCUGCAGCUGGAGCCUCUGAUGACACACAACGUGGAAGAGUUGCAGGCUGAUUGAUUCAAAGAUGAUCAUUAAUUCAGUUUAUUAACCAUUUCUAAC